AUGACAUCUCCGUCGGACCAUGGGAUCUUAUCGCCGCCGCUGAAGAAGGCACCGACGGAGUCAAAGAAUUGUCCGAUCUUAGCAUCCAUUGAAGCGAUUUUACGUUUUCUGAUUCACGCGGUCUUCGUCUUCGUUUCUGCUCUCUUAAAGGCGGAGUGGACUUGUCCCCCAAGCUCAGGAGAAGAGAAGAAUAUUUAUUCCUUGAAGGUUGAAGCGAUCAACAAGACCCCUAUAGUUUUAGAUCUUCCCACAUUUAUGCUAUAA